AAACUUUUUCACUAAAAGGACAAAGGAACUCAAACCUGCUGUCCAAAGCGCUCCUGGUUGGAAGUUGUUUGGAAAAGUCCCACCCAGGGAAAACCUUCCGAAAGAUUCCAAAAUUAUUCAGCAGGAUGACAGUUCUGGCAGUCUUGCGUCAAUAUCUGCUCUCAGUCUAUUAAACACAGGGGAAUAUGAAGCACGGACAGGAAGAAUGUAUAAACCUCCACCCCCAUCAGCAAGACGUAAAAAUAUUGAAUUUGAACCACUUUCAACUACUGCUUUGAUUCUGGAGGAUCGACCUGCAAAUCUUCCUGCCAAAUCAGUGGAGGAGGCUUUACGUCACCGACAAGAAUAUGAUGAGAUGGUGGCAGAGGCAAAAAAACGAGAAAUUAAAGAAGCACAUAAAAGGAAGAAAAUAAUGAGAGAGCGUUUCAAGCAAGAAGAGAAUAUCGCUAGUGCUAUGGUGAUUUGGGUCAAUGAAAUACUACCUAACUGGGAAGGCAUGCGUGCUACCCGAAGAGUUCGAGAGCUGUGGUGGCAGGGAUUACCCCCAAGUGUACGUGGGAAGGUUUGGAGUCUAGCUGUGGGAAACGAAUUAAAUAUCACUCCUGAACUUUAUGAAAUCUUCUUGUCGAGAGCUAAGGAACGAUGGAAAAGCUUCAGUGAGACAAGUUCUGAGAAUGACAUAGAAGAUGCAGGUGCAUCUGUUGCUGAUCGUGAGGCCAGUCUGGAGCUAAUUAAGUUGGAUAUAUCGCGCACAUUUCCAUCCCUGUAUAUUUUCCAGAAGGGUGGUCCUUAUCAUGAUCUCCUCCAUAGUGUUUUAGGAGCAUAUACAUGUUACAGACCGGAUGUGGGAUAUGUACAAGGGAUGUCCUUCAUUGCUGCUGUGCUCAUUCUCAAUCUGGAAGAGGCAGAUGCUUUCAUUGCCUUUGCUAACCUUCUAAACAAGCCAUGCCAGCUGGCCUUUUUCCGUGUGGAUCACAGCAUGAUGCUGAAAUACUUCGCAGCCUUUGAAGUAUUCUUUGAAGAAAAUCUUCCCAAACUGUUUCUUCACUUCAAAUCAUACAGUCUCACUCCAGACAUAUAUUUGAUAGACUGGAUUUUUACACUCUACAGCAAGUCAUUACCACUUGAUCUGGCCUGUCGUGUCUGGGACGUUUUCUGUAGAGAUGGAGAAGAAUUUUUGUUUAGGACAGGGUUAGGAAUCCUUCGGUUAUAUGAAGAUAUUCUCCUACAGAUGGACUUUAUUCAUAUAGCACAGUUUCUAACAAAACUUCCAGAAGACAUUACAUCAGAAAAGCUUUUUGGUUGUAUUGCAGCUAUUCAGAUGCAGAAUAGUAACAAAAAAUGGGCACAGGUGUUUGCCUCACUGAUGAAGGACAACAAAGAAGGGGAUAAGAACCAUAGCCCAGCACUGAAAAGCUAAUUGUUGUAAUGCUGAGGUCAAUUGAAAAUGUGGAAAACCACUUGAUGACAAAGGAGUUUUCACAUCACUUCUAUGUGGAAAAGCACUAUAGAAAAUGUGAAAAUGAGAUGGAAAACUGACAACAGCUCUCAGUGGAGUAAUGAACUGAUGAAAUCUUCACCCUUUUGCCAGUAUUAGCUUUUGUUGUGGGAAGAUUUGUUUUCACACAGAAUACUAAAACCUAUGAAACUGAGAAGCGGGGGGAGUUCAUAUUUAAUACUUUAAAAGAAUCAGCUCAAUGCAAUAAACAUUUGUAAGAACUUCUGUUGGUACUUUAAAAAAAAAUUUUGAGGCAUAACUUUUUUUACAAAUACCACAAAGGCACUUUUUUGGGGGGAUGAGGGAAAUGCUAAAUCUUAAGGCCCCAAAAAUGCUAUCCAAACCAAAUGCUUUGGUACAAAUAUUACCUCCAAAAUUAACCAUUUGAAAGUAGUGAGGACCAAAUAAGGUUGUUUGGUAUGUUUUUGUGCAAGAUGGUUAAAAUUUGGGAAGGGGUAUUGUCUUAUUUACUUGUUUGGUUUUUUUUAAGUUGCAGCUUCAUUCUUCAGUCUGGGCAAAUGUAAUUAACUCAGGAACUGUGGAAGUAUUGUGCCCAAACCUGUUAGAGCAAAAAUCAUCUGAAUUUUAAACAGCGGUAAGAUCAGGGCUAUUAUUUUCAGAGUGUACAGCUUUCAAAGCGAGUGGUGUUAAGCAUUUGUUUUGGUGUAUUGGUUGUGCAGCUUUUUAAAAAUUGAGUGGGUAUUCUGUGAAAGAGUUUUGCCACCAGAAGUUUUAUUUUGUCGAGCCACUUCCAGCUAUGAAAUACUUGUAUGUAACAGUGAACACUAGAAACUGACAAAGCUAUC